AUGUUACUCGGUGGAAUUAUUUUAGCUGUUCUGCUCACGUUGUGGUUGACAUCAACAUCAACAGGAUCUGCAUCAAUACUUUCAAUUCAUCUACGCCGACCUCAACGAGUUCAUCUACGUCGACGUCAACAAGCUCAUCUACGUCGACCUCAACAAGCUCAUCUACGUCGACCUCAACAAGCUCAUCUACGUCGACUUCAACAAGUUCAUCUUCGUCGACCUCAACGAGCUCAUCCUCAUCUUCAUCCACCUCAACGAGCACAUCUUCAUCCACCUCAACGAGUGCAUCUUCGUCGACCUCGACGAGCACUACAACAACUAUGA